AUGUCCUCAUUUGGGUUGAAUUUAUUUAAAGGAAAAAUAGCCACUGAUCAAGUUUUCCCUUUUCCUGAAGUAUUAACUCCCGAUCAAAAACAAACUCUACAGGAACUGGUUGAUCCAGUCUCUAAAUUCUUUGAGGAACAAAAUGAUGCGAUGAAGAAUGACAGUAUUGAGAAAGUGGAAGAUGAAACAAUGGAAGGUCUUAAAGCCAUGGGAGCCUUCGGUCUACAAGUUCCAACUGAUCUAGGUGGUCUAGGAUUAAGGAACACCCAAUAUGCCAGACUAGUAGAGAUUGUAGGUGCUCAUGAUUUAGGUGUUGGUAUUACACUAGGUGCUCAUCAGUCAAUUGGGUUUAAAGGUAUAUUAUUAUUUGGUAAUCCAGAACAAAAAGCCAAAUAUCUACCUAAACUAGCCACUGGAGAAACUGUAGCAGCCUUCUGUCUUACUGAACCUCAGAGUGGCUCUGAUGCUAGUUCCAUCCGUUGUCGAGCAGUUCUCUCCCCUGAUGGCAAACACUACAUACUCAACGGUAGUAAGAUUUGGAUCAGUAAUGGUGGUCUGGCUGAAAUCUUUACUGUAUUCGCUCAGACGUCAGUGAAAAGUGAAAAAACUGGAGAAACGAAAGAUAAAGUUACUGCUUUCAUUGUAGAAAGAUCUUUUGGUGGUGUAACUAGUGGUCCCCCAGAAAAGAAGAUGGGUAUUAAAGCCUCCAACACAGCUGAAGUUUAUUUUGAAGAUGUCAAAAUUCCAGUUGAAAAUGUUUUAGCAGGUGAAGGAGGAGGGUUUAAGGUAGCUAUGAAUAUUUUAAAUAAUGGAAGAUUUGGAAUGGCUGCUGCUCUAUCAGGAACUAUGAAAUACUGUAUUCAAAAAGCUGUAGAACAUGCAGCCAGUCGAACUCAGUUUGGUCAUAAAAUUCAUUCAUUUGGUGUAAUUCAAGAGAAAAUAGCUAGAAUGACUAUCUUACAGUAUGUUACAGAGUCAAUGGCCUAUAUGAUAUCAGCCAAUAUGGAUCAAGGUUCAACAGAAUUCCAAAUAGAAGCUGCUAUUAGUAAAGUCUUUGCCUCCGAAGCUGCCUGGUUCUGUGCUGAUGAAGCUAUUCAGAUUCUUGGUGGUAUGGGAUACAUGAAGGAUUGUGGUCUAGAGAGAGUAAUGAGAGAUUUACGUAUUUUUCGUAUUUUUGAAGGAACCAAUGAUAUUUUAAGAUUAUUCGUGUCGUUGACUGGUAUUCAGUAUGCUGGUGCAUCAUUAAAAGAACUACAGAAAGCCAUGAAGAACCCCACAGCUAAUCUAGGAUUGAUCUUUGGCAUUGGAUCCAAAAUGGCUAUGAGGAAAGUUGGUUUAAGUACUGGUGAAUCUCUAGCACCCUAUGUAGCUCCAGAACUCACUGAUUCUGCUUCUAAGGCCUCUCAAGCUAUUGAAGAUUUUGGUGCUACAGUUGAAAGCCUGUUAUUAAAAUAUAACAAGAAAAUAGUUGAUGAACAGUUUUUACUUAGUCGUUUAGCGGACUCAGCUAUAGAUAUUUAUGCUAUGGUAUCUGUGUUAUCAAGAGCUUCACGAAGUCUCAGUGAAAAACAUGCCUCAGCUCAACAUGAAGCUACUAUUGCCAACACUUGGUGUACAGAGGCUGCCAUCCGCAUCAAAAGUAACCUAAAUGACAUCAGUAAUCCCACAUCCGGCAAGACUUAUAGAAACUUAGCCCAGAUUUCUAAAGAUGUGGUGGCCAAUGGUGGUUUAUUCCAACGACAUCCUCUAGGAUUCUAA